AUGAGCGGCGGCGGCAUGGACUCGUCGUCGUCGUCGUCCUCGGGCACGGGGGGCUCCGGCGCGGCGCCGUUCGUGGCCAAGACGUACGGGAUGGUGGACGACCGGGCGACCGACGCCGUCGUCGCGUGGGGGCCCGCCGGCAACAGCUUCGUGGUCGCCGACCCCUUCGCCUUCUCGCGCGCGCUGCUGCCGGCGCACUUCAAGCACGCAAACUUCUCCAGCUUCGUGCGGCAGCUCAACACCUACGGCUUCCGCAAGGUGGACCCGGACCGGUGGGAGUUCGCGCACGCCUCCUUCCUCCGCGGCCAGACCCACCUCCUCCCCCGCAUCGUCCGGCGCCAGAGCAGCAAGCGCGGCAAGGAUAGCAGGGAGGAGGAGGAGGAGGAGAGCAGCAGCGCGGCGCUGGCGAUGGAGGUGGUGCGGCUGAGGAAGGAGCAGAGGGCCACGGAGGAGCGCGUGGCGGAGAUGUGGCGCCGGGUGCAGGAGACGGAGCGCCGGCCCAAGCAGAUGCUCGCCUUCCUCCUCAAGGUGGUCGGCGACCCGGACGUGCUGCGCCGCCUCGCGGGCGGCCCAGGCUCGGGGGGCGGCCCGGACGAGGGCGCGGAGGAGGUCAAGAGGCCGCGGCUGCUGCUCGACGGGGACGGCGCGGGGGUGGACGGGGGGCUACUGUACCACCACAGCGGCAACCUGAUGAACCUGGGGGAGGCCCUGGUGCCGGAGGAGCCGAGCGUGGACAUGUACUACGCCGGAGGCGACGGGUUCGGCGGCGUGCAGGCGGACGGCGGGCCUCCGUACGCUUUCCACAUGGACACCGGCUACUGA